ACGAGAGACCACCUGAGCGACCGGAACACGAUAGGUGGUCUGUCGGCAAGAAGCUGCGAGAGGUCUUGACUCCCUCGAAAUCCCGAAACGAUCUGAAGAGUAUUUAAAGGACUGUCCAAAGUUACGCGAUAGUGUUCUCCGGAAAAAUUGUAGACGACAGUUUGCGACGCUUGACUAAUUCAUGCAACGAAUGAAGAAAUAUUUAAGUUGUCAGUGCAAAUGCAAUUAAAAGAAUUCUCGAGAAGAUAAUCUGUAGAAUAUUUCAGGGAAUUCUUUAAAUUUUUAUACACAGUGGUGUUGCGUAGAUUUAUUAGACAAUCAUUGUGACAGUAAAAAAGUUGCAAAUCUAUAAAUAUUUAAAACACCGAGUGAAAUUAAAGUGAAAUUGGACAAUGUGAGAUUCUAAAGAAUAUUUAAAACCUAAUAUAGAAAUUUUCUCCGUAAUAUCUUUUUGAAGAAUUGCAAACAAUGCAUAAUUAUAAUAAUUUGAACAAUCUUCGUAAUAAAUAAAUCUAAUCUGAAUGACAAUCGGUGCAAUUGUAAAGUGCAAUCUGAGAACUAAAGAAUAGUAUUCUGAAUAAUAUUCGAAGAUUGAACAAACUUAUAUAGUGAAAAGAAUGGCCAAAUAUACAAUAAUAAUAUUUAGAGGCUGACAUUUUGAAAUUUUAAUUGAAAAAGAUUUAAAAAGAUCGUAAAAAACAGCAUAUAAUUAAAAAAACGCCAUCAUUUUUAUUCAUAAAUGAAAAGAUCCAUUUUUAUAUCAUAAAACAGAUCACGAUAAAAAUUUCUGGAGAAUAUCGUGUAAAAGUUUCUCCCCGCAAUCUCGCGUAAUGCAAUAUGUCAAUAAAAAGAAAAUAGAUAAAUCAACCUGUUUGUGAUAAAUCUAAUAUAAUAAAUAAUAGAAUAAUUAAUAAAGCGACGUAAGAGAAAUCCUCAACUCGUUAAAACAAUAAAAUUGAUGCGUUCAAUAACUGCUACCAAAGUACGAAUAAGCGAAUGAAAUAAGGAUCUGUGAAAUACGAAAAAGAUCUUAUAAAAAUACGAAGAAAUAUAAAAAUAUAAAGAAGUGCGAUAAAAAAAAAUUAUUCUUGAAGAUACAUUAUCUUUCGAGUGUAUCUGUGCGAAGAAAUGUCUGCAAUUUAUAACUGGCAAAGUAAUGCAAGUCCGAAUUUAUUUAUCUCGACAUCGUAAGUGGCAUCGCACUGGAUGGAAGCCAAGGCAUUCCGGAACAAUCGAUUAACAAGUGUUGCGACAAAUCUUGACACGUGCCAUUCGGCGCGGUUCGCCAAGACACGUGCCGUUGUGUUUAGAAAUAUUACCCUGCACGCGCCUAGAGCUCCGACACGUGUCGAUCCUAUCUCUCGAUCCUCGAGACGUGAUCGAGUGCUCGAUUCGAAAUUCCGGCGAUACGGCCAAUAUGUAAUUAUCAAGGGGAUUUAGAAUUCAGUUAGUAAACAAUCGUUCGGUAAUCGAAUCCAAAAUGCUUAACGCGAGGAAUUAAAUGACGUGAGACACAUCAGUUUCAUUUACGUUCUAGUCAAACGAUCUAGUCAUAUCGUUUACGUUAAUUAGUAAUCGACGUUAAAUUAAAAUUGCAUUGUUAUUAAUACAAUUGCAAGAUUCGCGAUAUCGAGCGCAUAAAAUAAGCGUUAAAUUUGUGUGAUUAUCGGCGAACACCAUCCUCAUCAUCAUCAUGUAUUCGAUGGACAAUCUCGAGCGGGACAUGAUGAACCGGCAAUACUUAUACGAGGCGCACACCUUCCUGGGGAAUCCGGCGAUCCCGGCAUUGCCGCCUCACUGCGGUGUGCCGACGACGGCCACGCUUCCGGCUGUCAUCCCGUCGCAGCUACCCUCGUCUCAUCAUCCCUCCGGUAGCACCGGUAGCACCAGCGGGAGCGAGCACUACCUGUACGACGAGAAUAGCAGCGACAACGAGAGCGUCUACAGCAGCGAUCAGGAAAAUCACACGAGGGAACGAAGUCGAGGUAAUCGACGCAGCGGAGCAUCGGGAAAAUGCCCGAGGCAGGUGCAGGUACAGCAGCGGCAGGCGGCGAAUAUGAGGGAGCGAAGGCGCAUGCAAAAUAUAAACGACGCUUUCGAGGGUCUGAGGGCCCAUAUACCGACUUUGCCGUACGAGAAGAGGCUAUCGAAGGUCGACACGCUGAAGCUGGCGAUCGGUUACAUAAACUUCCUCAACGAGCUCGUCCGGACGGACAAGGGUAACGAUCCGCUGACGGGCAGUAGCGGUCUCUCGAGAUGUUCCAGCCGGGAUGAUUCUAAGAAGAUCAUAGUCCGUGGGUGCGGUGGAAAUCCAUUUAUCUCGCAUUCGCUCUCGUGGUCGAGAAAAUCGGAUAUCUCGCCGAAUGGCACGAUGUACGCGAAAGUUUGGACGCCGGAGGAUCCGCGGGCGUCCAAAAGCGGGACGCCUUUCGAAUAGACGGAGCGUUGACAAGAGAAAAAUGUACGACUUUCGUAAGACUCCACUUAUACAAGGGACAGAAAGGAUCGGAUGCGUCACUCACGGUGAACAAGAACGUUCCUCUCAUCUCGCGUGUUAUUUAGUGUCUAAGCAGAAGCGUUUCUAGUCACUGAUCCUCGUCAUGUGAUUUGUACCUUUUCAUCGAAUUUUGUCUCCGUUUCUUUAAAAUUCUUUAAGCAUAAAUAUAAUUGCGAUUAAUUAUAUUAAUAUCUAUUUAUUUCUCGCGAUUUCAUCGAAAAGGCAACUUCGUUAUAAUAAAUCGAAUAGCCGUUGUAAAAUACACACGUCAAAAGAGAAAAAAUGUUUUACUUGAAAAUAAAAGCAAUAUCCUAUUGCAUUUUUAUAAAUGAAUACAAUCCAAAUAUAUUUUUAACUCUGAAGCAAAUUUCAAAGUCUAAUAAAAUUUUUUUUUUUUAUUAGUAGUAUAAUUGAUCUUUCCGAUUUAGAUUUUAUUUUUAAAAAGAGAGUAAAUCGCGUUUAUUUUGCAGCCAAUUUAAUUUCCAUACUUUUUGUUUUUUGUACUAUCAAAUCUAUAUAUCUGAAUAUCUAUGAGAUAUUUUUACGAACGUUCAGAGAGCAGGACAUGGUUUGUAAAUAGAAAUUAUCAAAAUAGGCGAAUUAAUGGGAUAAGUACAUCGUUUAUACAUCAUUAUCGCGACGUAACAGAGGUGAUGUGCGGCGAGCAUCAUCAUCACUAUUGUGAAUAACAAAGCCAAAUAAAAGUAGUUCUAAAAAUUUGUCUUAUGUAUCAUCUAUCUAUGUCGCAGAUCCUUAAGAUUGAAAAUCGAUGCAUAGACAAAUCUGCAGGUAGAAUUUUCCGACAAUAAAAACAUUGCAAAAUCUAAA